AGAUGGAAGAGAUCGGCUUAACACAAGAAAAGGAGGAUUCUACAGUCACAGAGUCCAGGCCGGGGACUUCACAGACGACUAGUCAUUUUGACUCACUUGAUGUAGAUGUGGAGGAUCUAUAUGUCAAAUACAAAAAAUUAAAACGACAACUAGAGUUUUUGGAGGUACAAGAAGAAUAUAUUAAAGAUGAACAGAAAAACUUGAAGAAGGAAUAUUUACAUGCCCAAGAGGAAGUAAAGAGAAUUCAGAGUGUGCCUCUGGUCAUUGGUCAGUUCUUAGAAGCUGUUGACCAAAACACAGGAAUAGUUGGAUCAACUACAGGUUCUAACUACUAUGUGAGGAUAUUGUCAACUAUUGACCGUGAGCUGUUGAAACCCUCAGCUAGUGUAGCAUUACACAAACACAGCAAUGCCUUGGUGGAUGUUCUGCCUCCUGAAGCUGACAGCAGCAUCACCAUGCUUUCAACAGAUGAGAAACCAGAUGUGCUGUACUCAGACAUAGGAGGUAUGGACAUACAGAAACAGGAGGUCAGGGAAGCUGUUGAACUGCCACUCACACACUUUGACCUGUAUAAACAGAUUGGAAUAGAUCCUCCGCGGGGUGUCCUCAUGUAUGGACCGCCUGGCUGUGGUAAAACUAUGCUGGCUAAGGCUGUUGCUCAUCACACUACAGCGGCAUUUAUCCGAGUCGUUGGAUCAGAGUUUGUACAGAAAUACCUGGGAGAGGGACCAAGGAUGGUUAGAGACGUGUUCAGACUAGCGAAGGAGAAUGCACCAGCCAUUAUCUUUAUAGACGAAAUUGAUGCCAUUGCUACGAAACGUUUUGAUGCCCAAACUGGAGCUGACAGAGAGGUACAGAGGAUUUUGCUUGAGCUAUUGAACCAGAUGGAUGGCUUUGACCAAACUGUUAAUGUUAAGGUAAUCAUGGCUACCAAUCGAGCAGAUACAUUAGAUCCUGCCCUUCUACGUCCUGGUCGUCUGGAUAGGAAAAUUGAGUUCCCAAUUCCAGACAGACGACAGAAACGUCUCAUUUUCUCCACCAUCACCAGUAAGAUGAAUCUUAGUGAAGAAGUUGAUCUUGAAGACUACGUCGCCCGACCUGACAAAAUCAGUGGUGCUGACAUCAACGCAAUCUGCCAGGAGGCUGGUAUGCAAGCUGUGAGAGAGAACCGAUACAUUGUGUUAGCUAAAGACUUUGAAAAAGGAUAUAAGAAUAAUAUAAAGAAGGAUGAAACCGAGCAUGAAUUCUACAAGUAGUGACACUGGACCAGAGAUAGAGAUUUCUACAACAUCAGUGGAAGGGUGACCCUCAAAGUGCUGCAUAUUUACUUCAUUAAAUAAUUCAUUUCAUAA